AUGGGCGUCGAGGCGUACCGGGGCGUAUCUGCGACAACACUCACUACGGAACGUCGCUGUGCGACGGCACCUUUUGGGGUGGUUCUGGACGGCGAGCGCAUCUCGGGGACCAUCCCUCCGCACACGAUCAACAACGCCCGGGCGGGGCUGGCGAAACUCCACCUGGACAACAACGAGAUCUCGGGGACCCUCCCUCCGACGACGGGCGAACUCUCAAUUUUGCAGCAGCUUCGGCUGUCCAACAACGAUCUCUCGGGCAUCAUCCCUCCGCACCUGGGCGGCAUCUCGGGGUUGAACCAGCUUUGGCUGUACAGCAACAAGAUCUCGGGCACCAUUCCUCCGGGCAAGCUCUCGCUGCUGCAGCAGCUUUGGCCGUCCAACAACGAGAUAUCGGGCACCAUCCCGCCCGAGCUGGGCGGCAACUGGAGCUGGGAUAUCUCUGCCUGUACAGACCUCUCCGGCACCGUGCCGUCGCAGCUCAACAACCUGCCGCUCACUGCCUGCAGGCUGGGCCGCAAUCUCUUUGCCUGCCCCCUGCCCGCCCUUCCCGAUUGCUGCCUCUCGAGCCGGUCGGCGGCUUCGACGCUGGGCGCAGAUCCCGUCGAUGCCGCCCUCGUACUCGAGGUUGGCGACACGCUUGUCUUCAUCUACCAGCUGUGGGACUGCGACGUGUGGAGCAUGCCCUCCAGCGCAUGCGACUUUGCCGCUGCCGGGUUCGAGUACGGGCCAUACCAGCUGGCGGGAUCCUCCCACGGCGGAGGCACGGGCGCUGGAGCGUGGAACCGAUUCGAGUACCCGAUGACGGACGUUAUGUAA